ACCUCCUCGCCGCCUUCAGCCCCACCCCUCCUAACGCGAGGACGGAAGUGACGACAGUUCCGACGGGAACGGAGGCGGGUUUCAUUUCGGCGCCUUUCUUUCUCCGGCGGAAGCGAUUGGCGGACGUGGGGCGAAAGAGGCGGGCCAAAUUGCCGCGGGUUCGGUGCCGCCACUGGAACCGGGAGAUGCGGCGCAGGAGCUGUCGGUGUGUGGGCUUUCACCUGAGUCUCGUCUCCUAUUGCGGUUCCUGCUGCGGCUUCGGUCAUGCUGUUACCUUCGGACAUUGCGCGGCUGGUUCUGGGUUACUUGCAACAGGAAAACCUCACUUCUACCUGCCAGACUUUUAUUUUGGAAAGUUCAAAUUUAAAAGAAUAUGCCGAACAUUGUACAGAUGAAGGUUUUAUCCCAGCCUGCUUACUGUCCUUGUUUGGAAAAAACUUGACAACAAUUCUGAAUGAAUAUGUAGCUAUGAAAGCAAAAGAAACAUCAAAUGAUGUUCCAGCAAUUAUGUCAUCUCUGUGGAAAAAGUUAGACCAUACGCUUUCCCAGAUCAGGAGCAUGCAAAGUUCUCCAGGGUUUGUUGCCAGUCAGAGAGUCCGAACAAGAAGUGGAAUUGCAGAAAUCAAAAGACAGAGAAAGCUGGCGUCUCAAGCGGCUCCCGUCAAUUCAGAGUUGCUGACUUUAGCGUAUCUUUCAGGACAAUGUCCUGCUGCUACUCCUUCAACAGCCACACAGCUUGUCCGGUCAGCUGGCCAGAUUACAGCUCCUGUGAGGUCAAAUUUUGUAGUGGUUAACCAUUCACAGUCACAAGACACUGUGGCCACUGGAGAGUCUUUAAGUAUCAUUCCUGGUCCUCAGGAAAGGAAAACUCAAGCCAGUGUAAUGUCUCCUGCUAGACGCAAAAGUGAAUCUCAAAGGAAGAGUAACACUCUGUCUGGACCUCAUUCAACAAUACGGAAUUUCCAGGAUCCAAAUGCAUUUGCAGUAGAAAAACAAAUGGUUAUUGAAAAUGCACGAGAAAAAAUAUUAAGUAACAAAUCUCUUCAAGAAAAGCUUGCAGAAAACAUUAAUAAAUUUCUGACUAGUGACAACAAUAUUGCUCAAGUACCUAAGCAAACAGAGAGCAACCCUACCGAACCAGAGACUUCAAUUGAUGAGCUCCUGGGACUUCAGAGUGAAAUCCAUAUGUCUGAGGAGGCUAUCCAGGACAUACUGGAGCAGACAGAAUCAGAUCCGGCAUUUCAGGCACUUUUUGAUCUCUUUGACUAUGGUAAAUCCAAGAAUAAUAAACAGAUAUCCCAAGGCAUUUGCAGUCCACAUCUGGACACCAAUCCCAGUGUAGUGUUAGCAGAUGAAACUAAUCUAGCAGUUAAAGGUUCUUUUGAAUCAGAACAAUCUGGUGAUCAGUCUGGGCAGCCCCCAUUUUGUACAUCCUACCAAAAUGAAGACACAUCCAAUGCCUUGAAGAAUGGCAGCAACCACGAUGAGCUUAGACCAGAAGCACAGGAACACUUUUCUCAGAUAGGCUCUAGUGUCCAGAAAAAGGCAUUUAAAACGGGUGUACCUAAUGAACAGAAGUGUAACCUCGAUAUUUCCUUUGAAUCUGUGCCUCAUUUGAAUGACUUUAACCAAAGAGUAAAUUCUGAUGCCGAAUGUAAUCAGCGUUGUGCCGAAUUAUACACCCAUCAGAUGUCCACUGAAACCGCCAUGGCAAUGGAGGUCGGAAAGAGUUCUCUGUUGCCGGAUGCGCCACGUGAUUCUCCAUUACAGCCUGAUCAGUCUGGUAUACCAGUAACGUCAUUUGUUUCCCUCGGGGGGGAAACUAACAGUGAAAACUUCGUUCUCUCUGGGAAGAGUUCUCAGCUUUUAUCCCAAAAUAUUCCAUUAACUGGAAAGACAUCUAAAACAAGUCAGUUUUGUGAAAGCUCUAACAACACAGGAAGACUUAAAACUAACCUCCCUGGUUCUAAGUCACCAGACCCUAAAGAGAUUCUGCAGAGUGAGACUGAGAUUCACAACGGAUUGCCGGUCACAUCACAACAACAUGUGGAUUGCCAUGAUAAUUCUCCACUUCAAAGCAAGAUAUUACCUGUAUCGGUUGAAAGUUCAGGUUUAAAUAUAUCCGAACAAGUAGACAUUUGUCUGGAAGAUACAACAUCUUCGGUUAAACAGCCGCCUAAUGGUUCAUCAUCUCUUGAGUUAAAUCACGCGGAAGAACAUGAAACUCAGCCUUCAAGGUCUGAGAAAGUUGCUGGCGGUUCGCAAGAGCCUUCAUCUUUAAAAGAAGAUGGAGAUAGUAUUUUUCUCACUUUAACUGAGAAUGGUAACUGUGGGGAAGUUGCAUUGAUUGCUCCAGAAGGUGAUCCUGUAGAAGAUAAACGUGCUGUUCUGUCAGAAUCUGUGUGUUCUUCAGUGGGAGGUUCUCAUCCUGAGUCCCAGAACACCAGUGACAGACCUGGUGUUGACAGCUCGGCAGACGUUGAUGCAGCAAAUAUUGUCUCUCUCAAAAUUAUCAUUAGUGAUGAUCCAUUUGUUUCCUCAGAUACUGAACUGAACAGUGCCGUUUCUAGUAUCAGUGGGGAGAACCUGCCGACUAUAAUACUGUCCUCUCCCACUAAGUCCCCUGCCAAAAAUGGAGAAUUGGUUAAGUGCCUGUCUUCAGAAGAAGCCCCAGGCGCUCUCACAUCUGCGGAAAGAACGGGGGAUUCAGCAUCGGUGGAACAGAGCCUCUUGGCCCUCAAACCCGAAGACUCCGCAGUGAAUGCUCAGAGUGAAGGCAGCGUUGCUUUUUCAGCCAGUGCCCCACCGUGCGUCUCCAAGGAUGGCGGAUACAUACAGUUGAUGCCAGCUACAAGCACAACUUUUGGAAAUUCGAAUAACAUUCUGAUAGCUACAUGCGUGACUGAUCCAACAGCCUUAGGAACCACUGUCAGUCAGUCUAAUGUGGUGGUGUUGCCUGGAAAUUCCGUACCUGGGACUGCUCAGCCCCCGCCGCCUCAGUUACAGACACCGCCAAGGUCAAACAGUGUAUUUGCUGUCAAUCAAACCAUGUCACCCAGCUUUUCACAAGGAUCUGCCAUCAUAAUUGCCUCUCCUGUCCAACCUGUACUCCAAGGAAUGGUGGGGAUGAUCCCUGUAUCUGUGGUUGGACAGAAUGGAAAUACCUUUCCUGCUCCUCCUCAGCAGGUCCUUCAUAUGCCUUUGGCGGCACCUGUAUGCAGUAGAAGUAUCCCUCAAUUCCCCAUCCCUCCAAAGUCUCAGAAGACUCAGGGACUGAGAAACAAGCCUUGUACAGGAAAGCAGGUAAAUAAUUUGGUGGAUUCAUCUAGUCAUUUAGUUGGAUGUCAUGCACAAAGAACUGAAGUGUCUGACAAGAAUAUGGCCACCGAUCUCGGGAAAAAAUUGGAAGAAAUCACGGUUCCCUUCUCAUUAGAGAGUGUAGUUCCAGCUAGCAAACCAUUUGAAAGCCACAGACGUGUGCUCUGUUUUGAUAGCACUGCUUCUGUGGCGAAUACACAGGGCACAAACCAUAAGGCGGUGUCCCAAAACAAGGAAAGGAAUGACAUUUCAUUUCCUAAUCUCGAGUCACCCACUGUGUCCUCCACCUCCAAGGCCCCUUCUAAUAAUGCUCUCAAAAGAGACCGAGAGAAACCUCCUUUGCCUAAGAUUUUAUCUAAAUCAGAAACUCCCAAUAGCCGACAUAGCACCACAAAAGAAACUCAGUCAGAAAAGAAAGUCCCACCGACAGAAAUUGUACUUGAAUCUUUCCAUAAAACAACAGCUAAUAAGGAGAAUGAAUUAUGCAGCGAUGUCGAAAGGCAGAAAAAUCCCGAAACUUCAAAACUGUCAAAUGGGCAGCAAAAUGGGGGUAUACGGAAUGAGAAAACCGUAACUUCACUGCACGAACUGACCAAAAAACAAGGCACGUCCUCAAGUAGUAAAAAUGUCAUUUCGGUAGGUGCAGCUGGGAAGGAUCCAAAGCAAGAACAAACUAAAUGUGCCGCUUCUUUGGUUAACCCGCUAACCAAACCUGGCUCAGAAAUGCUGCAGGAUGGUCAGUGGCCCAGCCCAGUAAGUAGGCUCCCCGAUAGCUCUGACUCCCCUGUACCCCGGACAGCGGGCUUGGGGGCAGGGGACAAACAUAAAGAAGAACCUAGAGAUGGGAUCAAGGUCCCCUCCAGUAGGCGUUUUGGUGAAGACAGUAGCACAGCCAAAGUCAUGGUCCCUCCUGUCACCCCAGACCUGCCUGCCUGCAGCCCUGCCAGCGAGACGGGGAGUGAGAACAGUGUGAACAUGGCUGCCCACACGCUGAUGAUUCUGUCCCGGGCUGCCAUCUCCAGAACCACCUCGACAACUCCCCUGAAAGACAACACACAACAACAAUUCAGAGCAUCUUCGAGGAGCGCCACCAAAAAGCGGAAGAUUGAGGAAUUAGAUGAACGCGAGCGAACCUCCCGUACUUCCAAUAAAAGUCUUGCAAAUUCGUCACUACCGAUGAAAAAGAAGAAAAUUAAGAAAAAGAAGCUACCCAGUUCAUUUCCAGCUGGAAUGGAUGUGGACAAAUUUUUGUUAUCAUUGCAUUAUGAUGAGUAAACACUCUGAACCUAAAAGAACAGUAGCUGUUUAAAACUCGUAUCCCUUAAACUCUGA